AUGGACCGCGAGACCACCACCGCGACCACCACCUCCGAUACGGCCACCGGCGGCCUCGACUCCAGCUUCCUCGAUCGCUGGGAUCUCUCCAGCAACCAGAACCACGCCAAUCCUCCUUUUGCCUGGGACAAACACGCGCUCGACAACUUGCCCGAGUUGGAUCCCUACCAGGACUCCAACGAGGGCGAUGCCGAGCUGCUCGAUUUGAUCUCCGCGCAGGGCCCGCCCAGUCGCGACAGCCUCAUCGACUCGGCCAGCCUUGACUUUAGUGGCUCUGUCGGCCUGUCAGACGGCGUCAGCUAUAUUGGCGGCACCUUCAGCCCGCAAACACACCCCACCGUCGACGACUCGUCGCUCGCCGACAAUGUCUGGAACCAAUUCCAGCUCCCCUCGAACAUGGGGCUGGUCAUGCCUUUGGACGCGACCUACGCGAACAACUACACAAAAGAAUCUGCCGAUCCGAACGAGGCCGUGAUUAUUGACGAUGGCGAGCUGGGAAUGCGCGGCAUCUAUCCAGACUACCACCAUCACCACCACCAACAGCAGCAGCAGCAGCAGCAGCAGCAACAUGCCCUGUCAUCCUUUCACCAGAUGCACUCGUCGGUUCCCUACGGCAACGCCAGAUGGCAAGAUCAGAACCCGUUCGUCCAAACCCACUUUCCCAUCUCGCCGCCGCUGGAGGCCCAGCCCGAAAAAGACUUUCGGAUGAACCACCAGCAGUGGUUUACCAAUGCUGAGCUGCCCCAGCCUGCCAAGCUGUCGGAUGAAUACUCUCGGCUGUCGCAAGAUCCGUCUGCAUACAGCGAUGCCCAGCCUGUAAAGCUGGAAGAUGCAAACAGUUCACGCAGCUCGUCGGUGCCCGAGAACAUCUCGUCCGUCUUUGAUACCUAUUCGAUCGGCACGAGCGAUAUCUCCACUGGCGCAGAACACUCUGUCAAAGAUGACUUGUAUGUCGUUGAUUAUGACGAGCCUUCUCCAAAGGACGAUGCCGCAGAGACAUCCCCCAAAGUCAGUGGCUUCAUGGUUAGUCAGGACGCGUCAGACAUUUCAUCCGAUUCUCUCGAGGAUGAAAACCAAACUAUUCCUGCCUCUGGUCCGCGACGUCCCCCUGCCUCCGUUAUACGUAGACGCAAACAGCGAGGCUCGGUCGCCAGCAUUGAGCAGAUCCAUAAUCCACGGCCACUGCAGAUUGUCCAAGAAGAUGGUCUGGGCGGUGCCAUAUCCUCUGAAGAUUUUGUAUCUCCGCCGCGAGGUGCCCGUCGCAAGGGUCCUCUGACUAUCGUGGGCCGGGCCAAUGCCGGCUUGCGGCGAAAGAACAAGGAUACCUGCGUGCAAUGCCGUCUCAACAAACGCAAGUGUGAUGGCAGCGCUCCUUGCGAUGCAUGCCGACCGACUCUUCAUGAACAGCCUUGUGCGCGCGCUUGCUUUACCAAUAUUGUCGAAUAUGGCACUUGUAAUUACAUAUCUCAACGGGCCAUCAACCACAUCACAAAGGAUGGACUCGACCAGAGGGUGCGAAUCGAGAUUCCAUCCGCAUUCGAUCUUCAGCGUCUUCUCUCUUUCUUGGGCGAACGACGCGGUAAAUUCAACAUUCGCGCCAGCCAGUCGUGGGGAUCGCUGUAUGUCUUGGAUCUGGGAGAGACGUACAAGUUCUUGAAAGGGUUGAGCGACUACAGCGACAAUUCGCAGUCGACUUUCCUCGAGUUUAUUGACCACCGCAUCAUUGACUCCAAGGACAAGUCCAAGAACUGGCUCAGCUGUGUAAAAGAUUGUGAUCCCAUGAACAACGUCUAUCAACUUCUUUCUCAAUGGAACAACAUGCCAAGUCGGGCCUCGUACAGCUUUGUGUCGUUGGACGGGACAUCUGAAGACCAGCUGAUGGAUGUCAGCAACCCGGAAGACCGCAAGGACAUUCUCCUCGCAGCCCAGUUGUCUCGUAUCUUCUGCCGCAUGCUCGAGGUGGAAGGCUUCCGCAAGCUAGAACGGGACUUUUAUAACAUCAAAUGGAAGCGCAUCUCGCUCGACGCGCAUUUGCGAUUCCUCGAGGAGCUUGGCCACAUUCUGCUGUCCCUGCGCUGGCGCGUGUCCUGGUGGCGGCGCCUGGGUGACGGCGGCCAGAGCCCAGAUCCGAGCCAGCAGCACUAUGUCGACCGGGUGGACCAUCUCUGCCAGAUUCUCUAUGUGUACUACACGAGCGUUCUCGCCAAGCUCCCGGCAUGGACAGCCCCGGACCGGCUGAAGGGGAAAUGGUCUCGGUAUGCAGACACUGAAAAGGACAUCUGGGACGACUUUCCGGCCGACAGCUCGGAGAAUGGGUUCUACCAGUGGAUGGCUCACGGCCAGGAACUGAUCGAGCAGGCCGGUAGUCCACACCACGUGUCCAGCCGAAUCUCGAAAGCUUGA